UUCAUCAGAUUACUGUUUAUUUUUUCACCGAUUGGAUAAUGAAGAGGAGCAACUGUUUGGUUUCUCUCUGCGGGAUCCUGGCUGUCCUUUGUACCGUCCAGGCCACCUACAGACCGUACAUGAUACUAAAAUGUGACUGUAAUGGGAGAUCCCGGUACUGCCUCCGGGACGCCUGGGGUCUGCACUGCCUGGACUGCCAGGGAAACACUGAAGGCCGGCACUGUGAACGCUGUAAGGCCGGUUACUACCAGGAGGGGGCAGCACUGAGAUGCACGCCCUGUCGCUGUAACGCCACAGGUUCUACCAAUAACAUUUGUGACAGCAGGGGGCGCUGCAGCUGUAAAGAGGGCAUCAGCGGAGAUAAAUGUGACCGCUGCCCCAACGGAUUGAUCGGACCAGACGGCUGCAAACAAAGCCGUCAGCCCAGACAGGACUCUGGGAGUUCCACUCUCCCGUGUUUCUGUUAUGGUCACAGCAGCACGUGUUCGCCACAGUCCGGUUACUCCACCCACAGCAUCACCUCCACCUUCGCCACAGGCCCGGAUGAUUGGACGGUGGCAGCAGUUCAAGGCCACACCCCCAACAGUGUUCACUUCCGCUGGUCACCCAAACAUCAGGACAUAGAGGUGAUCUCCAAACACAGCCUGCCCAUGUACCUGUACGCCCCAGCUCCUUACCUGGGGAAUCAGCUGCUCAGUUACGGUCAGAACCUGUCCUUCUCGUUGCGUCUGGACCGCGGCGUCCGUCACCCCUCCACCAGCGAUGUGAUCCUGGAAGGUUCUGGUCUCAGAGUGUCCGCCUCGCUGGGAGACCUGCGCUCCAUCGUCCCCUGUGGACAGAAGAUCAGAUACAGCUUCAGGCUGGACGAGGGGCCCGGCAGCAAGUGGAGGCCUCAGAUUUCCUCUCAGCAGUUUCAGAAGCUCCUUCAGAACGUCACCGCCAUUAAGAUCAGAGCCACGUUUGGAGACAACGGUCGUGGUUACCUCGACGAUGUGAAGCUGAUGUCGGCUCGGCGCGGAGAGGGCGUCCCGGCCCGGUGGGUCCAGACCUGCAGCUGCCCCGUGGGGUACGAGGGGGACUUCUGUGAGCGGUGUGCGGCCGGGUUUAGACGCAGCGCCCCUGCAGACGGAGCGUUCAGCCCUUGUGAGCCCUGCAGCUGCAGAGGAGGAAGCUGUGACCCUCAGACUGGAGACUGUUACUCCGCCGACGAGACCCCCGCUGAUGUCAGCUGUUCAGCCGGCUUCUACAGAGACCCCUGGAGCCCCCGCUCAUGUUUGAAGUGUCCCUGUCCUGAUGGAGGAUCCUGCUCGCUGCCUGCUGGAUCCCUGCUGCCCCAGUGUGACCUCUGCCCCCCUGGGACCACAGGUUCCCGCUGUGACGUGUGUCAGGAAGGAUUUUACGGCAACCCCACAGGAAACUUCGGUGUGCAGCGACCCUGCAAACCUUGCGACUGCAACGGCCACAUCGACAUCAGCGUGGCAGGAAGCUGCGACCCCAUCAGCGGCGAAUGUCUGAAGUGUUUGAACAACACCAGGGGGCGCCAGUGUGAGGAGUGUGAGCGAGGUUAUUACCACGGCCGAGUGAGCGACGCCUGCAAACCGUGUAACUGUGACAUUCAGAGCUCCGAGUCUGCCCAGUGUGAUGAUCUGGGUCGCUGUCCAUGCAAACCGGGCUUCGAGGGUCUCAGGUGUCACCGGUCCAACUGCCCCACCUGCUUCAGCCCCAUCAAAGUAAAGAUGGAGACCUACGCUGCCAAACUGAAGGAUGUAGAGUCUCUGUUCUCGGACAUGAAGGGCGGCGUGAAACCAUCCAGCGACAUGGAGGCCGCUCUGAGGGCCGCGGAGGAGCUGGUGGAGGACCUGGAGGGAGACGCCGAUCUGCUGGAAGGGCUGGAGAAGAACCUGCAGAAACGCUUGGCGUCCAUCAGUAAGAGUCAGCUGGCCGAGGGUCAGAACAUCCAAAACAUCGCCGACACUGCAGACGACAUCAAGGAGCAACAGCAGACGUACAAAAACAAAGUGGGCGAGGUUCAGAGUCUGAUAAGCCAGAUGAAGAGCAAACUGGACCAGGCCAAGAACGACCUCAGAUCAGCCGACUUUCCUCUCGGAGAUGCCCCGCUGGGAUCGAACCUCCUCUCCUCUUUGGUGAAAACCGCCACCAGUCUGGCUGAUACACACCAGACGAAGGCCAACGCUGUGGAGAAAACCGCCAACGAUGCCCUGAGUGACUCUGGGAAGAGUCUGGCUCAGGUCCAGACCCUCAUGAACAGAGAAAACAAAGUCAAAGGGCUGAUCGGGGACCUGAAAACCAAGUACGAUCAGACGACGGCCCAGGUGAAGAGUCUGGAGAACCAGGCGGUCCAGCUGAGCAGCAACGCCAGAGCCCAGAGCAGGAAUGCCGAGGGCAUGCUGAGAGACAUCAGCAACAUGGAGCGAGCCAUCCCAGCGUCCCUGAAGGGUGGUGUGGACGCCAUGGUUUCCAAGUUGGGCGAUCUGAGGAAUGCGGUGGAUAUCCCGGGUCUGGAGGCUCUGCAGGACCAAGUUCUGCAGGACCAGACAGCAGCUGAGAACCUGCUGAAUGAUGGAAAGGCUGCUCAGAAGGACUUUGACACGCUAUUUGGCAGAGUCAACGUGGCGAAGGCGACCACCGAGGACGCUCUGAAACGCAUCAACAGCAACACCAACGAGCUGGACAACGCGCUGAACGCACUCCGAGGCUUCGACCAGCAGAUAGACAGCAACAAAGCUCAGGCCAACGCCGCCAUCAAGCGUCUCCCUGGCAUCAACGGCACCAUCCAGGGCGCCGUCAGGAACAACUUAGAGACUCUGUCCGCCCUGGGCGACGUUACCAAGAGCUACAACGAUGCACUGGGAACCAUCAACGUGCUGGAGAACCUGGUCAACGGUCUGGAGGGAACAAUCGGAUCUCUGCCGCCGCAUUCUGGUCUGCUGAACGACGCCAUCAAACUGAACAAAGACGUCAAAGAUCUGAAGGUGAACACAGACGGGGUAGUCGUUGACCUGGCAUCAGAGCUGGACGCCGCCAGGAAGCUGGAGGACGACGCCAAGCAGGCUGCUGCUGGAGCGAAUGCAGCUUUGAACAACGCCAAACAGACCAACGACGCAGUGAAAGAAACUCUGAGAGAUAUCGGCAACAUGCUAGUUAACAUGGACCAGACCGGCUCAUCUGUGGAUGAGACCGAGCUGAAGCGGCUGGAGGACUCCAUGGGCACCGCUAAGCGGGACGUGGAGGACCGUCUGAAGCCCCGGCUCAGGGACAUGGAGGUCAAGGAGAAUUCUUACAAACGCCGUCUUGUCGGCAUCAACCAGGACAUCGACAACAUCCUGAAAGACAUCGCUAACCUGGAGGACAUCCUGAAAACCAUCCCGGUUGGCUGCUACAACAUCGCCCCCAAAGAGGAUGCCUAAAGAGGCCUGAGGACCCCCCCCAGAGGAGGCCCAAGGACCCCCCACAGGAGGUCUAAGGACCCUCCCAGAGAAGGCCUAAGGACCCCCCAGAGGAGGCCUGAGGACCCCCCCAGUGGAGGCCUAAGACCCCUCAUAGGAAGCCUGAGGACUCCUCUUGAGGAGGCCUGAGGACCCCCCAGUUGUGGCCUAAGGACCUCUUUGAGGAGGCCUGAGGACCCCCUUGAGGAGGCCUAAGGACCACCCCAGAGGAAGGCCUGUGGACCCCCUUGAGGAGGCCUGAGGAUCCCCCAGAGAAGGCCUAAUAACCCCCCUAGAGACACUUUACUGCCCCCAGUGUCACAUUCUGGAUCCACAUUGAAUCCCACAACUCCAGCAAAAACCAGCCUUCAAUUAAAUCAGAGUGACCUUACAGAUUUUUAGUUUUUAAGAAUUUCAUCAUCAAACUUAAAGGGAUGAUUCAGCAAAAUAUCAGAUUUCAAACAUAUUAAAAUCAGAACCAUUGAAACAACAGAAUAUUUUUGCAUUAUUUCUCAUAAUAUCACUCAUUUAUACAUUUUCUUCUUGAACAAACGAAAAACAUCUACAGAGUGUUUUUCAUGGUUUAGGACUCAUAUCAGACUUUUUCCUGUUGAUUGGAUGAUAUCAUGUUUGUGAAACUUUAUUUUGUGUUUUUAUUUUUCCUACAGUGCCGUGUUUUAUGUGUGAAUGUUAAAGUAUUAUAUUUAUAACUGUACAGCACAUCAGUAUUUUAAUUUUUUAAACACAUUUUUAUUUUUUCAGUGUUCAGAGUCUUUAAUGUGUUCGAUGAACAGACAGAUGUUUGUGUUAAUCUGCU